AUGAAUGAAGAUGAGCAAACGAUAAAAAAUGCAUACCCAGUGGUCAGUCCUACCGAUGUUUGUAUCUUAGAAAACGAAAAAGAAUUACAGGAGGACCGACAAGGUAAUAAAUGGUGGCAAAAGGUAUUAAGUAAGAUUGAGGUACCGCACGACAUAGGAGAUCCCAUAUCAGUCUUGAGAAAUCCGGAUCUGCGUCCAAUAAAAACAAAAGAUAGAACAUGGGGGUUUUGGUCAUUCUUUGCAUAUUGGGGGUUGCCAAAUUUUGCAGUUGCAACCUAUUCAACAGGAUCUGCACUGCUUGCGUUGCAGUUAAACAUCCAGCAAUCCAUAGGAGCUGUAGUCAUCGCUAAUAUUUUAAUUGCCUUUUUUACCAUUUUAAAUUCCAACCCAGGUAUCAAGUACCAUAUCGGCUACACUUUGGACCAAAGAAUGAUAUUCGGAGUCUACGGCUCAUUUCUCGGAAUUAUCAUUAGAGUUGGUCUUUCUAUCGUACUAUAUGGCUACUUAGGAUGGCUUGGCGGACUUUGUAUGAAUAUGGUAUUUGACUCUUUCUCAAAGAACUAUUUGAACAUGAAAAAUACUUUCUCAGAAUCUGUGCCAAUGACGAGAAAAGACUGCAUAGGAUUCCUAUGUUUUCAGCUGAUACAAAUGCCGUUUGCUUUUGUAAGACCUCGUAGAGUGAAUGUUCCAAGUAUUGUUAGUUGCUUUAUGACACUGUUUGCCAUUAUUGGCAUGAUGGCUUACCUGAUAAGUAAAAAUGGAGGUCCUGGACCAUUGUAUCAUGAAAAAGUCACUCUACCGAGUAGUACUCGCUCGUGGAUGUGGAUUUCAGCAAUGUCAAUUUGGUACAGCGGGGUAUCAGGUGGAGUUACCAAUCAGUCAGAUUAUUCUCGUUUCGCAAGCAGUAGUAAAAAAUGUUAUACAGGACUAUUUUUAGGGACUGUUUUGCCUGGAACAUUUGUAUCGUUAGCAGGAAUGCUUUGUGCGUCUGCAUGUAAAGGUCUAUAUGGAGAGACGUAUUGGACCCCUGAUGAGAUCGUUGAGCAAUGGCUGAAUGAUGAUUAUUCAGCCAAGAGUCGCGCAGCCUCAUUUUUUGUUGGAAUAAGCUUUACCUCCUCUCAACUCUUCCUCAAUUUAACGCAAAAUGGAUAUUCUUGUGGCAUGGAUCUAGCGGGCAUAUUACCGAAGUAUAUCGAUAUCAAGAGGGGUACUCUUUUUGUCCAACUUAUCUCUUGGGUAGUACAGCCGUGGACUUUUUUCAACACAUCUUCGGGGUUUUUAAAUGCAAUGAGUUCCUUUGGUAUCUUCACUACCCCUAUUUCAGUAAUAAGCAUCAUUGAAUAUUAUUGCAUUCGUAAAUCAAAAUUGAGUCAGCUUGAUUUUUUCACUUUAUCAAAAAAAGGCUCUUAUUGGUUUGAUUAUGGUGUAAAUUGGAAGGCAGUGGCAAGCUUACUAGCAGGUAUAACAAUGGGAAUUCCUGGCUUAAUAUAUCAAGUCCAUGAAGAAAUUUCCCCCAAUACCGAAAUGCUAAAUUUCUACCAUGGAUAUCUGUUCUUCAUUCCACUCGUUAGUGGCGGGUUAUACUAUAUUCUGAGUUUAAUAUUCCCCUUCAAACAUGAAAAACUUUGCUGUGAGGAUCCCAUUGAUUAUUUCGACUGUUUCUCUGAGAAAGAAUUGGAGAAAAUGGGUAUGCUACCUUUCGAGGAAAGCCAGGAAGUUUUGUAUGAAGUAGGAGACCAAAGAGUCGAGGAAUUUGAUGCUGCAAGUUUGAGUGAGCAUGAAGAAGAUAAGAACAAUCUCAGGAUCGAAACAAAACUCAGGCCAAAGAAGCGUAUUUAA